AUACAGGUUUUAGUUACAAGAGGGUUUAGCUGAAACUACCCGACCCGACCCGUUUUCCAUUCUUCUCCGGCCGGUGACCUCCCCUCCCUCUCCAAAAUGGUCGGCUUCCAUGUUCGCCGACUGGCCCAUCGCCUCACUCGCUCUUCUCUCUCCUCCCUUCUUCUUCAUGAUUCUGCUUCUGCGGCGCAUGUAUCAUUAUUGAAAGUGGGUUCAAGGAGUUACAACACUGCGGCGAAGAAUCGAAUUAGGGGUUUGUUUCCAUCCAAUUGUUCAAAUGCCAUACCACCCUGCACCCCAGGGACAUCAUAUGGACCCUUGUCGAGAUACCAAAUUUUGCUGGGCCUGAGGCAUAAAGAAUAUUGCACUACUACAAGGAACGAGGAAAAGCAAACAAUAUCAGUAACAUUUGUUGACAAGGAUGGAGAAGAGAAGCAUAUCAAGGUCCCUGUUGGAAUGUCUUUGUUAGAAGCUGCACAUGAGAAUGACAUUGAGCUUGAAGGAGCAUGUGAAGGGUCACUUGCCUGUUCCACAUGUCAUGUGAUAGUUAUGGAUGUGGACCAGUACAACAAGCUAGAAGAUCCAACAGACGAAGAGAAUGACAUGUUGGAUCUUGCUUUUGGCCUCACAGAGACGUCUCGUCUAGGUUGUCAAGUAAUUGCUAAACCUGAACUUGAUGGAAUUCGGGUAGCUCUUCCUGCAGCCACGAGAAACUUUGCUGUUGAUGGCUUUAAACCGAAACCACAUUAGAGAAUCUCUAACAUGGAUAAAAGAUUACUCAUGGGGUAUAUGCCAAAAAUCAAAGCCUCCCAGUUUUGUAGGCCUCUUACAAGUGAGUGUAUAAUAAUACCUUUAGGUUGAGUAUGGUAUCACAUAUUAUGCUGGAAAUCGUGACCAAAGUCAGCUGUUGUUUAGGCAUUUAGUCAAAAGGAUUUGAUUGAUUAUUUUAUUAAUAAUAUCUCAAGGCUCAACUCCUCUUUUGAUAGUGUAUCUUUUCACUAGGUUUGCAUUUUUUUGACUUUGGUUUAACACUUUUGUCAAAUCAUAUUAUUAAAGGUGUUUUAUUUUCAUUUCAA